GCGCGAUUGCCCGCCCGCCCUCGCCCUCGCCCGGGGAGAGGAGAGUAGUGGGCGCUACACACUUUACCUGCCUCUGCCGCGCCUCCAUCAGCGAUUGUCGUACCGCCUUAGGAGAAGCCAUCCAGCAGCCAGGCAGCCACGCAGCCAGGAACGCAGCAAGGGAAGGCGAGCGAGCGAGAGAGCGAGAGAGCGAGCAGAGCAGAGCGAGAGCGAGACGGCAAGGCAAGGCAAGGCAAGCGAAGGAAGGGAAGGAAAGGUGAAGGGAAGGGGAGAGCGAGAGAGCGAGCAAGCGAGCGAGAGAAAGCCUGAUAGCCCGACGCGAGUUGUGGCACGGAGCAGCACCGGAGUGAAUAGACUGGCGAGGUGGACGAGGCUGGGCGAGGAGAGCCGUGUGCGACAGGCGACGAGGAUCUGCGUUUGGUGCAGCGCGCGAGCAGCGUGCCUUCUGUCAGUGGAGUCGUAUUCGUGGAACAUCGCGCAUGAAUCCGAAGCUUCAUCGCGGAUAUGCGGUCUCGUGCAACCCUAUCUGGAGGCUGUCGUUGAUCCACUCUGCCCAGUGAUUGCCUUAGCCAGCGUUUGGCCUGCGAGCGGGGGGUGCGAGGUCGCGUCGGAGGGGCGAGGAACGGGCGAACGAGCGAGUUGGAUUAUUCCAUGGCUUGAAUUUAAUUUUUCUUUUGGCGAACAGUUGCAUGGUGGAGUGUUUAAGUUGCGAGGUCGGUGUGCCGAGAAUAUACAGCGUUUUGCAGCAUUUGAGAGAGGUUUUGUUAGUGGACACGAUUCAUGUGUGGAGAUACUACCCGUUCUGCUGUGCGUUAGUUAGAGACACAAUAAAUUACCGGCCUUAUUUUUUUGUCCCAGGGCUCGGACGAAGUGCAAUUCCGAUCUUUUUUCAUCCCUUCCCAGUUCAUGUCAACUCUACUGAGUCGUAUGUUUCAGGGUUUUGGUAUGCCCUUGUGAUGGGAAAGUGCUAGUAGGCAGAAAUACGUGAGAAAAGAACAUUGAGUGAACGGGAGAGCCAGGUCGCGACGAACGUAUACAAUUCGGUGAAGUGGGUCCCAAAGCUUUCUCAGCGAAGAGCCCAGUGGUAGUCAGACAGAAGGAGCGUAUAUGUGGCCUUAAAGAUGGUGGCAACCAAAAGAAGCCCUCAGCCAGAGGUGAAUAAUGCGAAGGAGAAGCGAUCAGGAAACACCGAGGCGGGGUCUGUCUUUCAAGAGCCGCUAGGGGGCUUCAUAUUUGUCUGCAACAAUGAGACAAUGGGAGAGGACUUCGAGCGACGUCUCUUUGGUUUACCUCAAAGGUACCAUGAUUCAGUUAAAGCAAUACAGCCAGGACUUCCGUUGUUUCUCUACAACUAUACAACACGUUGCCUUCAUGGAGUAUUUGAGGCUUCAAGUGAUGGUGGCUUGAACAUCGAGCCUGAUGCAUGGGGAGAAAACAAAGAAUCGCGUAAGAACGGAAGACAAUCAGUAUCUCGAUUUCCCGCCCAGGUUCGAGUGCGGUGGCGAGAAGAACGUCCACCUCUUGAGGAAGAGAGGUUUCGACCUGUACUAUAUCACUACGAUGGACCUAAGUUCAGACUGCAGCUUUCAGAAUCUGAGGCCCAAGAGCUCCUUAAAUUAUUUGGGGCUUCACCAGUAAGAAAAGUUGUCGACGACGUCCAGGAAGACAAUGGUGGUGAAUGGGAGAAAGUGAAAACGAAAAGUAAGGCAAGUCGUAGUUUUCGUGCACCCCCUACGAAGGGAUCCACUUCUCCUAAUGCAACCGCCGGGAGGAGACGGGGAUCAGCUCAAAAUGGGACCAGCGGCAAUGGAAUUGCAAAUGGUGGCGGGAAUGGGUCACUUUCUAACAUCAGCAACUCGAUGCAUGAGGCUGUCAGCCGAGGAAGAGAUCGUGACAAUAGAGUAGACAAUUCACAGAGAUGGCGAUCCGAUUCUGAUUCCUGGAGCGGUUCUUCGAGUGCCGGAACAGCAACUUCCAGUUGGGGCUCACACGAAGAUGAACGUCCAAAGAAAGGUUCCAGGGACAACGGUUGGGCUGCUGAGGCGAACGGAGUUGGUGGUGAAGGCCACGAUUGUGUUGACGGGGUAGCAUCCUCGAAAAGCUAUACUCAAGUGAAUGGCAGUUAUGACAGUGACAACAAGGUUGAAAUUAGGUUUAUUGUAGACUCAAAUGAGUCAAAUGUGUCAAGCAGUUCUCUUAGUGCAGAAGCUCGCGCUGCCGCAGCUGCUCGGUCCGGAUUUGUAUCAUAUAGUGCUGCCUUGAAGUCAGGUAUGUUGGCGGCAGCGGCAGCUGCAGCCGAGAAUGGUUGUAGUGAUGGCCAUUCCUCUGUAGUUCCAGAAAUUGGAAAUUCUGCUCAAAGCAGUGGGAGCAGUAGGAGCACUCGUGUCUCUAGUAGCAAUGCUGCCGCUGCUGGUUCUGUCCCCACAUCGAGUCCUAGAGCAAGCUCCAAAGGAGAUUCAUCUGUCGACAGGAUAGAGUCCGACAAGGAAGGAAUAUCACCUGCUGUCCCAUUCUUCGUCCUCAAUAUUGGGUCUUACUGUGAAGCAGCAGUGUCUGGUAAUCAGGUGAAAGUUGGACAGCCGAGCUCAGUUGAGAAAGGAGGCUCAGAGGCCAGGGCUGAACAUGGAUCGAAUAGAGGAGAAGCCGAGGGCAAAAAAGUUGAGAAGAUGCAGCCGUGGGGCAAGCCUGCGAUAGUGAAAGCCGCAAAUCUUGCAGAGGUUCUUAGUGGAAGCCAGUCAGUCGUGGCAGACAAUCACGCGGCUGGCUCCAAGGAUACCAGUGAAUUGACUACCACGGCAAAAAAGUCUGGUAAAGAAGGGUUGCGAAAUGGAGUUCCUGAUGGUGAGAAUGGAGAUAGCGAUGUCCACCAUCGUUUCGGAAAUUUUGAAGCCAAGGAGGUUUCUAUCAAGCCUCUAGAGACCGUUGUGAGGAAAAAUGUUUGGCAAGGAAACGAGAGUGCAGUUUUGCGUCUCUUGCAUGAUCCAGACCCCGCAGUGAACAGUGGUUCAGUGAAUGGAGGUACAAACGGACACAAGCUUGAACCAGAGCUGUACAGAGGGAAGCACGACAGAGUCAAAUCGCCGCAGCCACAUGUCCAACAUCCAAAUGUCCAUCCUUCGAUGGAAAGAGUAGUACAUGUGCAGUCACCUCCUUUAGAUGGCCAACUAGCUCAGUGGCCUGAUCAGUCAUCAAGUCCGUCUGGUUCGGUGCCCACACAUGUGCCGUACCCAAAGGGAAGUCAGCAACAGGGACCUCUUUUCCAGCAGAACAGAUCUGGUCAUGAACGACGCCAACAAUAUGAUAACCAUAAACAUGAUAAACAUCAGGAGGACAGAUCCCAUUUCAGGAAGCAGCAGAUUCAUCCUCAAGAGCAUUCCCAACAUCCUACUCCCAUGAUGCAUGCACAGCAGCGUCAACUUGGACAAGGUUUAAUGCCCUUGCGGAUACCGACGCCUCCUCCGGGGAUGCAGCAAAUACAUCAUCACGCCAUUCUUUCACCUGCCCCUCUUUACCGAGAUCGUUCUCGCGGUCGAAAUGGCAGUGGGAACUCUGAGAAUGCUAAUGGCUUGGCCUAUCGUCCCGUUAGCAGAAAUAUGAUUGACGGGGAAAUGGGAUUACAGAGCCCCAUAGGCCCCAACGGCUGGACUUUGCAGACUCCUGUCCUCUUGCCGUAUGUUUCUCACAUUACUGGCAACUUUUCGUUUUCUAUACCACCUCCCCAGAUGCUAGGAAACGCGGAAUCUCUGCACGCCGAAAUAUUGGAAUUUGCCCAAGCAUCCAGGCCGUCAGCUGAAACGCGAGUUCAUGCUGAGGCAGCCGUGGAAUGCGUUCGAGAUGGCGUCAAACGACUUUGGCCUGAAGCUGAUGUUGAGGUGUUUGGCUCCUUCGCAACAGGUCUUUGCCUCCAGCACAGUGAUGUUGAUGUCGUAGUUGUAGAUGCACCAACCCCACCUGAUACCCCUGAGAUUGCUGCCCUGUCUGGAGCAAGGUUGCUCUGUCCCUUAAUUAGGGCUCUUUCUGCUUCUCUUAAAGACUAUGAGUGGUGUGAGGGUAUAAACACCAUUGAGACUGCCUCAAUGCCUGUCAUUAAGCUGCGUUGUAGACCUGUCAAGGCGAAUGAAUUUUCUUCGGAGCCACCAGUAGCUAUCGAUGUUACAAUUGGUGGAAGAAGGUCAGAGAAUUUUGCUGGAGUGAGUCAAGAGAACUCGCGAAAGGAAGCGCAAGGAAACAAGCCCUUGAAUGCAGCAUUUGAAGCAGCGAGAAAUGCUCACAAUGGAGCAGCUGCAAGGGAAUUUGUCAUAGAAAAGCUCCGACAAUUUCCAGCACUGGCACCUUUGGUUCUUCUUAUGAAGUCAUUUUUACAGCAGAGGGGUCUCAACGAUGUUUAUUCAGGAGGUCUUGGAUCUUUUGCAUUGACCCUGAUGCUCGUAUUCUACCUCGAGCGGGUGCCUAUUUCUUGUGGCGUUCCCCAAGAUCUUCCUCCUCUAAUCCCUAUCAAGUCACCGUCUUCACUUAAUUUGGAGAGGGUGCCUAUCUCUUGUGCCGUUCCUCAAGAUCUUCCUCCUCUUAUUCCUAUCAAGUCACCGUCCUCAGCUAACCUGGAGGCAAGUGCUUUAUCUGUCGACACGUCCCGAUCUUCAUCAGGAGUAGCGGAGUCAGUAGCAUCAUCUGAUGACGACUCGUCAGACUCAUCCGUGUUGACGACCACGUCAGUGUCCAGCCUUGCUUCGCUGGAGGUUCCAUCUAUUCAAGGUAGUUCUUGUGGAGGAGAUGAAGUUGCAUCACAAGCUGGUCCCUCAACUGGAGAGCUUCUUUUGAGAAGAGCAGGGGGUAUGGUCGAGGAAUUGCUGGCCUCGAUGCAGUCAGUGUCUUCACCAAAUCUGGGUACUCUAUUGAUUGGUUUUCUGCACGUGUUUGGACAAGAAAUUGAUUUUUCACGAGUUCGACUUGUCCUAAAGGGAAAGAAUGGCAAUCCUGGAGGACUCUUCUGCCAUGACAAAAUGGCCAGGACCUUGCCUUUAUGGAUUGAUGAUCCUUUACGGCCUGAUGCAAUCAUAGGGGCAGGCUCCUUCAACAUCUGGCAAGUACAGGCCUCCAUGCGUGACAUGCUGUAUGCGAUUACCCGGCCACUAUCUGUUCCAGGUACUCCAGUGCCAGGGACGCCAGUUGAGAUAACUGACAGGAACGGAAAGGGACCUGGUCGAAGGCGACCUUUACCUCUUUUGGACCAAAUAUUUUUCAUGAAUGUCUCAUCCCCAGUACCUUAGGUGAUACUUCCAUACAUGUUUCUGAAGAUAAUGUGUUGCUACUUGCUUCACACACGAGAAAAUGCCUGUCGGGGGAGGCAACUGAAGGAAGCAACUGCUGUCGGACAUGAGGAUAUUACCGGAUUUGCACGCAACAAGACAAGUCAAAUGUUGCUUGGAUUUCUUCAGUUUUGCACUAAUGGUAGAAGUGGACACCAGAGGGUAUCAAACUCCAGGCAAGGAUUUUGGAGGAGCCCUUGGUUGUGAUCAUAUGGCAUCUCGGCCCCCAUCUCGCCCGAUUCUCCCCGUCCUGGUGGAAAUCCAUCCGGACGGUCGAUGUAUUCAUCUAUGCUCCGCUCUGCUGGGAAUCCACCUGGACGGCUUAGGUUAUGCUCGAUUCCCCAGCUUACUAAGAGAUGUAAUUGUGUAUCUACCGAGGGAUAUGAACGAACGACUUUUGUACAUGACCCACUCUCGACCCACCGGUCCGAAUUUUUAAAGGUUGAACUUGCAUCAACUCUUGAUAAGCGAGAUGAUUCUUCCAGCACGGGGACAAAAAGUCAGAUCAUCUCUUGUGAACAUAGUUAGCAGGAAUGGAGUGGCUGGCUCUCCAUUAUAUGAGACGAGACUAUUUUUUUUAAUGCUCUGAGCCUUUGUAAGGAAAUUUUGUCUGCUAUUCUAUUAGAGACAUACGAAAACGCUGAAACAUAUGAAUUUAAUGUGUUGUCAGUUCUAACAAGC